AUUUUUUUUUAAGGAUUUUCGGUGAAUCUAAUCACUCCUCCCAUCCCGUUUUCUUCAACCUUUCUUAGGGUUUUCAUUUUUUCAAUCAUCACUCUCAAUUCUCAUACUCUCAUCUUCCUUUACAUCUCCAUGAUUUCUCAGCCAUUCAUCCUCUUCUUCGUAAUCCAUCACAGGUGCUGAAACAUUCAUCUUCAAUUCUUCAUCCUAAGAAACAAGAAGCAGCGACUUUGGGGUGCUCUGAUCUAGAAGGGUAAGAUGCAUAUUUAAACCAAAGCAGCGACCACAUGGCUCCGAGUGCUUUGGCUACAAAGACAGACGUAGUAAGAGGAACCCAUUGGGCCAAUACGGUGUGAAUCGAAGGAAAGAUAAAGCCUUGAGCUACUCCGACUAGAAGGCGUGUAAUAACCAACAUGAAAACUCGAUUAGGAUCUGACGGGACUAGAGCACAAGUCAAAGACUAUAAGACGAAUGAAAGCAAAAGCACACGCCUGCCUCCUAUUUUCUGAGCUGCCCACCCACCCGGCACUAGUGAACAGGCAUAUCCAUAGUAGAACGUAGAAAGUAUCGGGCCUUUACUAGAUUGAUUAACACCAGCAGCAAUCGUAUAAGCAACUGAGAACCCGACUCGCUCUAUGUAGCAUACAGACGUACAUAUGAAUGUUAAAAGUACAAUCAAGUAACGUUUUGGAAACCUCUUUUCUUGCAUGGUACACAACUACAUAAACCACAAGUUUUUGUCGUCUAAUCUUUCUAGCCAAACUUGUAAUACCUCGAACUUAUAGUGAUAAAAAUUGAUGGUAUCUCACACUUCUCAAACCUUGUCAUUCUUAAAUUCUUCAUUAAUGAUUUCACAAUUAAAAUCUACAAUUUGAAAUGAAAUGCUUGUUACAAACGCAACCUUAAAAGUUUUACCAAUCCCAAUUAUCGCGCGCUGUUAGUCUUACUAACAGCGGAUGAAUAUCAAACUGAGCCAAAAAGCCUACCCAAUAACUGUUCGUUGUUACUAUGAGUGGGCAUUUAUUGGGCUGACUUUUUAAACCAGUUUAAUAAUUGCACCCUUUUAGUAACAACGAACAAUGUUAUUCCUUAGAUUUUGGUAAAUGACGCAUUUUUUUUAAAAUAUAUUUUAAUUCAUUGUUUACUUUUGAGAUUUUUAUUAGAAGAAGCUUACUUUUUAGAUUUCUUUUCAUAUAUGUUUACAUUCGGGUGUUUGAGUGAGCUUUGGAUAUGAUAUCUCGAGUCGUGUUAACUUUGACACUUUUGUAUAUAUAGUUAUCUUGAAAAUCUGAUUUAAUUUUUAUAUGCAACCGUAUGGUGGAGUCAAGUCACAUUCAAUUUUCAAUUUUGAAUAAUUGUACCUUGAAAUAGUAUGCAAAUUUUCAAAACAUCUCAUUUAAAUUGUAAACUUAGACUAAAUAACUCAAUCAAACUAAGUAAAACAUCUAAUUUGAUAUUUAAAUUAUCCAUUUUUAAUUACUCAAUAUUUAACAUGUCAUUUUAAACGUUAAUUUAACAUUUUAAAUAAUAAAGCUCACACUUUAAGUGUUUAUAAAAAAUCAAUUAGACCUUGUGUGUGAGACGGUCAGAUAUAAGACGGACAUGUAAAACAUACUCACAAAAGGGAAAGCCUCUUGAGAUUUGUUGUGUUCUUCCAUUGUGUACCAGACACAGUGAAGAAGAUCCUCUCUUUCAAUUCUCCCUCCCUUUUUCUCUAUCUGAAGAUACGACCUUGUCAAAUUCGUUGACUAUCUUGAAAUAAAUAAUCAAUUCCCUUCUUACUUUCACGUUUUUUUCUCCUCCCCAUUUUAAUUUUUGAUUCCCAUUAAAAUUUAUCCGACAUUGCUUCUGGAGUUUUACCAUUUUCUUUCAUCUCUUUACUUAAAUACUGGAUAAGAUAGUCAAUUUCUUCAAAUUUGAUGAUAAAAAUUACAUUUCUUCAACUAUAUUAAGGUAAUCUCUUUUUGGAUGUUUUGUUUUCUGUUAAUUCUUGCAAUGUACUGUUAAAUUUGUUGAUUACUGGUUUUUUAAGGUUUUCUGAUUUGUUUUGGUUAUGGGUUAUGGCUGUUAUUCUCAAUUUGCUUACUUUUUAUUGUUGAUUUUAUUAUUACAUUGAAUUUGAUGGGUUCUUUUUCAUUUUUAUUGGGUUUUUUUUUUUUGUUUUCUGCUAAUUCUUGCAAUGUAUUGUUAAAUUUCUCGAUUAUUGCUGUUUUUGGGGUUCUGAUUACUAAAUAGUUUUAGUUAUGGCUGUGAUUCUCAAUUUGCAUACUUUAUUAGUGCUGUUUAUUUUGUUAUUAAUUUGAAUUUAAUGGGUUUUUUUAGUUGUUAUUGGGAUUUCUUGAAAUGGAAACUUAUAAUUUAGUGAAGAAUUGUUGUUCUUGAGCAACAUUACCAUCUGAUUUCUAAAACUAGAAUUGCCGUGAGACAUCGUAUGUAUAACCAAAUUAUAUGUUGAAUAUUGAACGUUGAAGUGGAUAUGUGUCUAAUAAUAGUUGGUAGCCUUCCGACAAUAUUCUAAAUUGUUUUGAGUUGGACAUUAUUACAUUUCUUGGACUAGAUCAUCAUUAUCAUGCCCAGUAUGUUCCGCUCAUAAAAGCUAUUAUCACAGUUCGAGGAGUGUUAGAAGACGGCACAUCAUACCCUUAGUAAUGGAGAUAAGGAGGUUGUGGCUAAUGAGACCUUCGGCCCAUUUCAUGGACUAGAUAUUGCAGUCUUAGAUAACGUAUAAUAGUUUUUUCGUUUAAUCAAAUGCAGGAAAGCUAAUAGCUUUUCAUAGUGGUAGAUCUUUGUUGAGUGCUAAUCGUUUAAUUUCAAUUUCAGGGUGUAUAAUACUCGGGUUUUACCUUGAGUUUGGAGUUCACUGUGGUUGUUUUGGUUCAAAAUUUUUGUGUAUAUGCUGGUUAGAAGUGUGAGGUACCAUCAAUUUUUAUCACUAUAAAUUCGAGGUUUCGCAAGUUUGGCUCGAAAGAUUAGACGACAAAUACUUGUGGUUUAUGUAGUUGUGAACCAUGCAAGAAAAGAGGUUUCCAAAACGUUACUUGAUUGUACUUUUAACAUUCAUAUGUACGUCUGUAUGCUACAUAGAGCGAGUCGGGUUCUCAGUUGCUUAUACGAUUGCUGCUGAUGCUGCUGGUGUUAAUCAAUCUAGUAAAGGCACGAUACUUUCUACGUUCUACUAUGGAUAUGCCUGUUCACAAGUGCCGGGUGGGUGGGCAGCUCAGAAAAUAGGAGGCAGGCGUGUGCUUUUGCUUUCAUUCGUCUUAUGGUCUUUGACUUGUGCUCUAGUCCCAUUAGAUCCUAAUCGAGUUUUCAUGUUGGUUUUUGCACGCCUUCUAGUCGGAGUAGCUCAAGGCUUUAUCUUUCCUUCGAUUCACACCGUAUUGGCCCAAUGGGUUCCUCCACACGAAAGGUCUAGAUCCGUUUCUCUUACUACAUCUGGGAUGUACCUAGGUGCUGCUGCAGGAAUGCUUGUGCUUCCGAGCCUGGUGAAGUUCAAGGGGCCUCAGUCUGUCUUUGUAGCCGAAGCAGCACUUGGAGCCAUGUGGUCGCUGCUUUGGUUUAAAUAUGCAUCUGACCCUCCUAGAUCAGAGCACCCCAAAGCCGCUGCUUCUGGUUUUGGAGAAAAUUUAUUGCCCGUCAAAGGGCAUCACAAGUUCAAAGUCGAGAACGGAGGGGGUUUAGUCAAAACUUCGAAGAUACCUUGGAAGAAGAUUUUGGUUAGCUUGCCGGUCUGGGCUAUAGUAGUCAACAAUUUCACAUUCCAUUACGCUUUGUACGUACUUAUGAAUUGGCUACCGACAUAUUUCGAGCAAGGCCUAAAACUUAGUCUUCAAGAUAUGGGUUCUUCCAAAAUGGUGCCGUACCUCAACAUGUUCAUAUUCUCAAAUAUCGGUGGGGUGGUUGCUGAUCAUCUCAUCACAAGAAAGCUUAUGUCUACAACUCGGACAAGAAAGUUUUUAAAUACGUUAGGAUUUAUCGUAGCUUCCCUUGCAUUGAUGGCGUUGCCCAUGUUUAGAACCCCUGGUGGGGCCGUGUUCUGUUCUUCUGUAGCACUUGGGUUCUUGGCUCUCGGAAGAGCUGGGUUUGCCGUGAAUCAUAUGGAUAUAGCUCCACGAUAUGCUGGAAUCGUUAUGGGAGUUUCAAACACAGCCGGUACGCUAGCUGGUAUCGUUGGCGUUGAGCUUACCGGCCAACUUCUUGAAGCUGCAAAAGUUGCUAAUUAUGAGAUCUCUAGCCCGGAAAGCUGGCGAUCAGUAUUUGUUAUUCCGGGUCUUCUGUGUAUUCUUAGUUCAGUAGUGUUCGUGCUUUUUUCAACCGGAGAAAGAAUAUUCGACUGAGUUACGCAUUCUAAAUGUGAUGGUUAUGUUUCAAUAUAGAGAAUUUAAUUCAAUAACGUUUCGAUUAUAGAGAAUAUCGAGUUUUUUCCAUCUGUUAGAGCUUUCUGAUGGAGAAUUGCGUAUUUCGUUGACAUAUUGUGGUUUUGGGAGAAUUGCGUGUUUCGUUGACAUAUUGUGGUUUUGUGUACACCGAACAUAUAAAAUGGAAACGCGCUGAGAACAUAUCCUGGAUUUCGACCAAGAUUACUUCUUAAGAUUUACUUCAUGUUGUAUCAAUUAGUUCUUCUCUUGCUGGAAAAGUUUAAUAAGCAGAAAAUGCAUAAUUAGCCAAGAUGUAGGGAAAAUUUAGCAAUUUAGCAUAUAUUUGAUUGUUUGUAUCCAUUAUUAAACAUUUCAGAUGUGCCCAUUUUUUGUAAUUCUUUAAAUUCUGCAAUCACACACCUUGCCUGUAUUCUGCCUUUCUCUUAUUAUGAAGUACCAAUUUCUGUUCUUA